AUGUAUCCCACCACCCCCUCCGACGCGUACGACAGGUUCAGCAACGGCCCUCCGCCCACGGCGCCGCCGCCGCAGCAGCAGCCCACGUACAACCACGCCAUGAACCAGAGCCACCACGCCCGCCCCGCCGCCGGGCUGGCGCGCUGGUCCACCGGCCUCUUCCACUGCAUGGACGACCCGGGAAACUGUCUCAUCACGUGCCUGUGCCCCUGCAUCACGUUCGGGCAGAUCGCGGACAUCGUGGACAGAGGAACCUGCUCGUGCGCCGGGAGCGGGGCGGCCUACGCGGCCAUCUGCGCGACGACGGGGAUGGGGUGCCUCUACUCGUGCGUCUACCGCACCAAGAUGCGGGCGCACUACGACCUGGACGAGGGGGAGUGCCCGGACUUCCUCGUGCAUUGGUGCUGCGAGCUCUGCGCGCUCUGCCAGGAGUACCGGGAGCUCAAGAACCGCGGCUUCGACAUGGGGAUCGGCUGGGACGCCAACAUGGAGCGCCGGAACCGGGGCGUCACCGGAGGGCAGGUCAUGGGGGCGCCGGCCACGCCCGUCGGCAUGAUGAGAUAG